AUGGCACCACUUCAUAUUGCGAAAAAAAAACCAACCUAUGUACCUCCCCAAGGUGUCCGCUGCCAAAAGUGCCUGGAAUUCGGUCAUUGGACUUACGAGUGCAAAGGAAAGAGAAAAUUUGCCGACCGCCCUACUCGCACGACGUUACUCAAAAGGAAUUUGAACAAGGACAGGCCCGCCAAUCAGUUCUUAUCCAAGUCCUCAAAAGACGAGAAAUCAAAGAAAAAACUGAAAGACGCCAAAUGGAAAAAGAAAAAUGUAAACUCUUCCGACUCAGGAAGCGACAGUGACGGUUCUUCGAGCAGCGACAGCAGCAGUAGCAGCAGCAGUGACGAUAGCGACACUGAUAGUGGCAGCAGUAGCAGUAGUAGCAGCAGCAGCAGCAGUAGCAGCAGCAGUGACGAUAGCGACACUGAUAGUGGCAGCAGUAGCAGUAGUAGCAGCAGCAGCAGCAGUAGCAGCAGCAGUAGUGGUGGCAGUAAAAGUAGCAGUAGCAAUAGCAGCAGCAACAACCGCAAGAAGAGAAGCAAAUCUGGAAAGAAAAAAUAA